GCGGCGCGGGGGGAGGGCCCGGCUGCUUUUGCUUUUGCUGUGACUCAUCUCAGGACCUGGAAAAACCCGCAAGUUAAAACGGAAGUCAGAGCGGCGCAGAGCUGUAAGGCAGAAUUUGGUAUGUUACCAUGGAAGGGCAACAUAACCACCCACAUCAUCUAGGGGACCAGAACAAUCCUCUGUGCAAGCUGCCGGGACAAGAGUAUCAGCAUGAUCCUCAGCAGAGACAUUUAACGUCAUACCCAUAUCGCUGCACGUUGGCAGAUUUUCAGAUAGAGAAAAAGAUUGGACGAGGGCAGUUCAGUGAAGUUUACAAAGCAACUUGUCUUCUGGACAGAAAACCUGUGGCAUUAAAGAAAGUUCAGAUUUUUGAAAUGAUGGAUGCCAAGGCUAGACAAGAUUGCAUCAAAGAAAUUGACCUCUUGAAGCAACUGAACCACCCCAAUAUAAUUAAGUAUUUGGAUUCUUUUAUCGAAGACAAUGAGCUCAACAUCGUCCUGGAACUGGCAGAUGCUGGUGAUCUCUCUCAGAUGAUUAAGUAUUUUAAAAAGCAGAAACGGUUAAUCCCGGAAAGGACGGUGUGGAAAUAUUUUGUGCAGUUAUGCAGUGCAGUUGAACACAUGCACUCCCGCAGGGUGAUGCACAGAGACAUAAAACCUGCCAAUGUGUUUAUAACAGCCACAGGGGUGGUGAAACUGGGAGAUCUUGGAUUAGGCCGGUUUUUUAGUUCUAAAACCACUGCAGCACAUUCCUUAGUGGGAACUCCGUACUAUAUGUCCCCAGAAAGAAUACAUGAAAAUGGCUAUAACUUUAAAUCCGAUAUCUGGUCUUUGGGCUGUUUAUUGUAUGAGAUGGCAGCUCUUCAGAGUCCUUUCUAUGGAGAUAAAAUGAACCUGUUUUCUCUUUGCCAAAAAAUAGAGCAAUGUGACUAUCCACCUCUUCCAGCUGAACAUUAUUCUGAAAAGCUACGGGAACUGGUCAGCAUGUGCAUAUACCCUGAUCCAGAUCAAAGACCUGACAUUGGUUACGUGCACCAAAUAGCAAAACAAAUGCAUGUUUGGACCUCCAGCACUUGAACCAUCUGCAAACACUCUCAAAAAGCCAGCACAGCUUAGUCUUACUUGAAUUUUUUUUCUCAGAUGAAACCGACUGGUGCCUAGUCACACAAGUGAGAGGGUUGAGCACUCGUAGCAAGAUGCUCCAUUAUUUCUGCAGGUUAUUUGACAAGGACUCUUACAAGGUGGUCAUGCUUUAAAGUGAAGAUUCUGUGAGGUAUUGCAAGUGAUUUUUUUUUUUCUUUUUUUAAGCCGAUAACACGUUACAGAUGUAGAUCAUUUAAGAGUCCUUUUUUUAAAACUGUUGUGUGUAAUCUAGGAUAGAUUAUAUUAACAAGGGUGUCUUGGAGCAUUUGACACACCCCUUCUAUCUUAAUUGUAAUGUGAAAUAUUGAAAUAAUUCCUUCAGUGAAAUCACUUUAUACUAAUGUAAGAAUUGCCAUAGAUUUUUGUGUAAUUUGUAUAACUGCUACUUUGCCUGUUCUGCAAAUGGUUAAUAGCAAAUUCAGUUUUUACUUCAUAUCAUCUUCUAAAGCAUCCAUUUAUCUGUUUUUAUUAAUUCCCUCCUCUUCAGAUUUAGGAACUGGGAAGGGUGUUGGGGCAAGGGAAAUGUAUUUGUUUUAAGUUUUUUUUUUUUUUUUUAACUGAAAAUUUAGAGUGAAUAAUUUGCUGAUGCAUUUAAUCUGUUAAUUUGGCUACAGCCAAUGAGAUGAGUUAAGCAUAUACCUGGGGAAAAAAAAAAAAAAAAGAAAAAAAGAAAGAAAACCAAACAAGCAUUGCUUCUGCAGGUAACUUCUCUUUUAAACUUAUUUUCCCAUUUGGUAUGAAUCUUUUUUUAGGCUAAAAGUUCUUAUUAAAAACCAGUGUUAUUCUAAACCAGCUGUAUUUUGGGGAAGAUAGAUACUUUUAUCAAAUUCAGUGGUACUUCAGGUACUAAUAGGUAAAUUAAAAGCAAAGCAGUGUUUUAAACUUCUUGAAACAUUUAAAAAAAGAAUUAAGUAAAAUGCUUUGUGUAUCUAGGUCUAUGUAAGGAUCAGCCCCCAUCUGUUUAACUGUGAAAGCUAAUUUAUAGAAUGUGAAUUUUUAUAAAAGCGCAACCUGAUUUGAAGGAGUCAUCUUCUUUAACGACAUGAAAAUUUUCAACCAACAAAUCCAUUCAUUGAAUCAAUGAUUUGUUUCAUUACUGUCAAUGAAAAAUAUUCACUGCUUUAGAAACAAAACCUGGAUUCACGUUCAAGUGUUUCCAUUUCAUUCGCCUGUUCAGAGGAACAGUGCUGCAGUUAAUGUUCUUGAGGAUAACAGCCGGGGGAAAUAAGCCUGUACAGUUACAGUGCUGCUUCCAAGUGUGACAGUGGCUAAGGCCAAAAAGUAAGUAAGUAAGUAAGUGUGCGACAGUUAAAAUGCAGCCUGUGCCUGUUUUUUCUUAAGAAAACCAUACGAUCCUUAAUUUUUUUGGAAAUAAGAUUAGGGUUAGCGGGUUAAAUACAUAUAUAUGCUUUUAGUGGAUUUUUCUUUUAACCUAAUUUUCCUCUACUUAAAGGAAAACUGCAGUGCCCUUUUCAACUACUUUUAAUCAAAUUUUAAAAUAUUUAUAUAAGGUAGCAAAGGAAAGCUAUUAAUUGCUGUGAAUAAUGCUGGUAUCAUUAAUGCAAGGUGCCAUUUUGGUGAGUCUUCUCAGCAGAAAGUUGAGCCUGCUGCGCUCUCAUGAGAGAUUGAGGAAAUUCAAAUCAGCAUGAGAAUGUAGGAGAGGCACCAAAUUGCUUCCAGCAUUCCUAUGCUAACAUGUUUAAUUUAUGGUCAGCUUCUUUAGUAAUUCUUAGAGUUAAGACCAAAGAUGAUUAUCAUUUUUACACUGCAGGUUUCCUUUAAGCCAUGGUGGCAGCUACACAUUCAUUGGGAUGGUUGUGCUGCGCCUCCGUUGCUGUAACAUAGAAUAGGAUCUUUGGCUUUCAGGGAAGCUCAACUUACUUGACUAUCUUGAGAAGUCUGGUCACUUUCUUGCUACAUAAAAUUUAUUAGUGCUUAUAAGUAAAUGUAUUUCAAAAGGUAAUUUUUUUUUUUUGCAAUUGUGCAUUUUUAGAUAAAUAAAACAAUGAUUUACAAAAUAAA